AUGAGCAGUGAAGUUGAAGCUUUAGAAGCCCACUUGGCUACUUUAAAGAUCGAAGAAUAAUCUAUCGACUGGAAGCAAUUAACUGACAGCUAAGCUGAAACAACCAAAGCUUUCGAAGCUCUCCAAAGACAAAUAUUCGCCUUAAAGGAUAACUUAUCUAAGAACUUCGUUUGCAUCCUUAAGGAAUUGAAGGAUUUCGACUUAAAGGACCUCUCUACUAAGGCUGCUGAAAAGAAGAGCUCUGCUUCUUCUUUGAAGAACCUUUCUCAAUACGCUACUGUUAACGGUUCCACUGUUACUCUUAACACCAAUGAAAUUAAUAAAAUUAUCAAGGAAAAGCAAUCUAGUCUCCUUGAAGCCAACCAAAGAGUUCAAGCUAAGCUCUUCGAAACUGCUCAAUGGGCUGAUGCUUUCGUCAGAUUAUUGAACGUCACUAAGGACUCUUCUGCUCCUACCAAUGACAAAUAAGUUGCUGAAACCUUCUAACUCACUACUGAAUCUACUAAGAAGUUCGACUUCCCUGAAGGCAAGCUCAACGAUAUAGUCUCUAAGAUCCAAGUCACUUAUAUCCCUGACACUCAAAAAUACAUCUCCAUCUAAACCUACUAAUAAAUCGUCGAACACUCUGUUGACCUCGCUGAAGAAGAAUUCAUCAGACUUACUUUCGAAAAUAGAAAAGAAAGAAGAGAAAUCAUGCAUACCGAUAAGAAGAAAUACUUGUUCUUAAUGCAAGAAAACAUGAACGAUAUUGAAAACAUGCUCAUGAAGGCUCAAGAAGAUAUCUGUGCUAAGCUUGGCAUUACCCAAGAAAUUCUUGAAAAAUCUGAAAUGUGCUUGAUGGAAAGAGGUUUGGGUCAACACAUCUUCAUGAUGUAAGCUACCGUUCGUCAAAGAAUAAAAGAAAAGUUACCUAAGAAGAAGUCCGUCAGUGCUGAUAUUACCAAGGAAAUCAUCAGAUUCUAAAUUAAAAUGUUGAACGAAAAGUAAGAAUACUUCUUACCUAUCUUAAAACAAAUGCCCAAGACUGUUGAAACUUCUCAAUUAGUUCCUAUUCUUUUGAAUAUGAUGAUCAACGAUCUUGUUUUCGAAGAAUACUCUUUGGAAGAUGAAGACUACAUGUAAAACCUUAAUGACCAAAGCGCCUUCAACGAUAAAGAAAUCAUGGAAUUAUUAAACGGUAUUGAAAAGGGUAUCUACAACUUAUUCGCCGAAAGUGAUUUCAUCCCCAAGGGUAUGCCUAUGGGUAUGCCUCCCGGUGGUAUGCCUCCCAUGGGAAUGCCCUACUAUUGA